UGACGCAGGACGUACUUUCGCUUUCUUAAGUUUUUUGAAGGAAUAGAAAGUCGGCAGAAACUUUAGAGAAGGACCAAAAAAAAACUACCCUGUCAGACUUUUUGCAGAAUUGAAGCUGACUCAGCAUAACACAAGAACAACAGAGUAUGGCUGGAGAACCUGCAGAGCCGACUGAACUCACUGCUCAAGAAGAUGAAGGGAAGCUGGUGGGAGACGAGGCAGACGCCAAACCUGACCGCAGAGGAAGAUUUCUUCUGUUUGGGAGUAAGAAGAAUAAGGAUGGCCAGAUGCGGGGGCAGGACUACUCUUCUGAAAGCCAUUACCGAAUUGUUUCACCAACAUUCCAGUAUAAGAUGAGCCACCAACGAGUGGGCAAGUGUAUCAUCAUCAACAACAAAAACUUUGAUGAAAAGACAGGGAUGAAUGUACGCAAUGGCACGGACCGAGACGCAGGUGAGCUGAUUAAAUGCUUCAAGAGCCUUGGCUUUGAUGUCUGCAUCUACAACGAUCAGACUUGUGAGAAGAUGGAACGUCUCCUCAGAGAGGCCUCGGAGGAAGACCAUAGUGACAGCUCGUGUUUCGCCUGUAUCCUGCUAAGCCACGGGGAGGAGGGCAUGAUCUACGGAACAGAUGGAGCCAUGCCCAUCAAGACCAUGACCUCAUUGUUCAGGGGAGACAUGUGCAAAAGCUUAGUUGGAAAGCCAAAGCUCUUCUUCAUCCAGGCUUGUCGGGGUUCCGAAUUUGAUGAUGGUAUACAGACAGAUUCAGGUCCACCAAAUGAUACCCUGGAGACAGAUGCUAAUCCGAGACAUAAGAUCCCUGUGGAGGCAGAUUUCCUCUUUGCCUACUCCACAGUGCCAGGGUAUUACUCAUGGAGAAACCCAGGGCGUGGCUCCUGGUUUGUCCAAGCGCUUUGCAAUGUCCUCAAUGAGUUUGGCAAACAAUUGGAGAUCAUGCAGAUCCUCACACGGGUAAACUACAUGGUGGCCACCAGCUUUGAGUCCUGGUCUGAAGAUCCACGCUUCAGUGAGAAGAAGCAGAUUCCAUGUGUGGUCUCAAUGCUGACCAAAGAACUCUAUUUCAACUGACCGCCAGCCUAAAUAACUGUACUGUAUGAUCCCAAAGACUGACUGACUGACCGACCGACUGACUGACUUGACUGACCGUUUCAGGUACCGACUAAGUAGUCAAAGCAUUCAGGGAUGAUUCAGGCCCAGCAGCACAUUGCACGUUUGGAGCACAUAUGACACUUUGCAUGUGUGGUUGGGCCCGAAAAAAAGCACUCUGUGAGAAAAAAGAUAUUACAGUGGCACUCCUCGUUCAUGUGUUGUGGUGAAACUUCUUCCUCUUCUUCAGGUUAUUAUUCAGAAUAAUGGCGUCACAUUUGAUCUAAUCUUUUUGACAGGCAUUGUUAAAUAUUCAUGUUGUUCUACUAGCCCGCAAAAUUUGCUGCCAGUUUUUGUGGGUUCAGCGAAUCAUAUCUGAAUAUGCGUCUGUCGAAUUUUCCAGCACUUGCAAUAGACUUUGAAAAGAAUUGGAUAGUUUAGUUUCAAAUUAUGCUCUUAGUCUUCUGUUUAACUACUUAACAUUGGGAGUGCUAAGAGAAGUUUCUCCAGACUAAGAUCAAAGCUACAGAAGCCCUGAGUGGCAAGUGUGAAAACAAAUAUUUUAAGGUUGUUUUCUUUAUAAUUUUUUUAUGGCAUAACAAUUAAUGAAGAAAUAGGAAUUUGCCAUCAUUUUUUAAGUUUCUCUUCAAAAGAUUAAUCUGUGACACAGCAGAGGGAAAAAAGCGUAUUUUUUCUGCAUGUAUAAACAGUUGAAGAAUGUUUGAAAAAUAGGGUAGUGGGGCAAUUCAGUUUCCCUUGGCCAUAUAAUUUUUUAUUUUUUUUUACUUUUUAAAAAAUGAUCUUACAGGCACAAUUUAUUUUUCACAAGAGCAUAAAUUAUAAACAAAGUCGAGGAAAAGGAAUACAUACCCAAAGGCCGCUUGGGGCUUCUGUAAAAAUUUUAAAAAAAAAAAACUCUUAAAAAUACUCUGUCACCAAUACAUGUACGUAAAGUACAUGGGAAACCAGGUGACAUUUUAAUCAUUAUGAAAACCCAAUUCAUUUUUACAUAAACAGCUGAAGUGAAGGCUAUUUGAGUCUAUGGAGCGUCAAGAAAACCCUAUGGCAUUUAAUGCCAUAGCAAACAGGAGGGAGCUGCCUUAAUUGCAAAACCCUGUCUGGUGCACUGUUCGACACAAAACAAAAAGUAUUGCAUCUGGAAAAUGGACCAGAUCAUUUUCAGCUAUUUGUGUUUUAAUGUUUUCAGCUGCAGUUGUCAAAAAUAAGAGACGAAAGACCAUUCUAGCCUUCCUAGCAGAGUUAAAGUUGGUAGCAUUAUGCUGGCAUCCUCAGGUUCUUUAAUGUCCCAUGAAGUGGGUAAAUGUAAUGUUAAAGAAUGUCUUAAUCACAUGGCUUGGAAGGUGUAAUCUUUUGCUGUGUAUUCAUAGUUAUAUGGGAUUUUGGGUCAAGUGCAUAUUAUAUAGUUCACUUCCAUUCAAACAAAGUUUAUUUCUAAUUUUUCAGUUUUCUCAGCAUGAUGUUAAAAACUUACCUUAUUGUACAACCCUGAGUAAGUGAAGUUCAUGUAUUUUUUUUAAUGACAUGAAUUAUGCACUUGUCUUCCUAGUCAGGGUCCAGCACAUCAGUUGAAUAUCCCUCUUUUAACCUACAUACUAUUAUAUUUAGACAUUCCUCUUUAUCAUUUUUAAUAACCGAUAGGGUUCAUGCUGUAGAAUAUUAACAUCAAAAAGGAAUGUCUGAAGCUGUGUUAAAACAUUUGAGGAAUAUAAUAGUGUUAAACUGGACCACGACCCAAAGCACAAAUGCCACAUCAUUUCACUGUAUAUUAGUGUUGUACACUGUUAUUACACACUACACUGUUUUAAAAAGUACCUAGCAAGUUCUUCCUUAUUUUAUUUUUAAAAUUAACCUUUGAUUAAUACAGAAGAAAAAAAUAAAUCAUUAAGAAAAAAUAAAUUUUACCUGGAUAGACAAUUCUUAAGCACAUGGUGCACUUUGCUAAGUUUUUUAAAAACAACAUUGAAGAAUAAAUUAAUAAAAGAUGUAUCAAAGAUGUGUAAAGUAACAUCUAGAAUAUGUAUUUUUUUUUUUUUAUUUAAUAGACAUUUGCUAAUGGUAUGCAAGAUUUACAAAACAUUUGUUUCUGCACCUGUGGAUAUUUUGUCCCAAAGUCUGUCAAUCACAGAGGCAGCUAUUACUGGUGGUAACAAGUUUGAACAUCCACAAUUCUCAUGUCCGCAAUACGCAAUCAUUGUUGCUGCAAUGUUUUUACUUUUUUCACUUGAUUGCAUGUUUCAGUAACUUAGGGGAAAAGUUAAGCACUAGAUAUUAGCUUGUCAUAAUUAUUAUUAUUUUUUACUUUUUACUCCUUGUAUUUUUUUCUUUUUUCUUAAAUUAUUUUUUGAUAGCACUAUAAACAUUUAUAGUUGCCAGAAGUGGAACCAAUACUGGCCUAAGUUAGAGACAUGUACCAUUCUACGCUUGUCCAAUACAGCAACAAGUCUUGAAUUGUCUCAACACAUGGAUCUCUGAUCAGUGAUGUGGUGCCCAACCUGUGCUGAAAGGAGUGUUUGCUCCACUUGUUUUGGAAUGGAAUUGAAGAAGGGAAAAUGUAUUUUCAGGGGUAAAUUUUUUUAAUGCUUUCUGGGGUAAAUGCUUUUGUCCUCAGGAAUAUAUUUAAAACGAUUUGGGAAAAAUGAAUGAAUGAAUUUCAAUGAAAGUAUAAUCUGGCCCAUUUUUUUAUUUGGGGCAAUACAUUGUUUAAAAAAAUAUUCAAACAGAGGAAUGCUUAUGUAAACAUUUUGUUGUAUGAAACAUAAAGAAUUUAUUGUGUAAUAA